AAGGGAUUUUAUGACGAUACAUCACGUCAUCCGAUACUGUUCCGCUUUUCCAGUCUCACACUUUCAGGCGAAUGCGUCUUUUAUGUCGUCACGUUUUCGUGCGGAGGUUUGCCCAGAAACAGGGGCAUUCAGUUGGGGCCAUGUCUUGUCAAAUUCCUUGGACUGUCAAGUGCUGGUGGUAAAAUUUCCUUCCAACACGGAUAGAUGGUGAACCUGAUCUGCCUUGGAAUUCCUGAUGUGAUAUGAUAUUCAAGUUGAGGAUAAAUAGUUAACUCAUGAGUCUAUUUUAAAGACUUGGACCACAGAUUUUGAUAAAGACAGAUUUUUUGUAUCAUUAUUAUAUUCAAAUAUUAUAUUUGCAAUUUUUGAGAUUGCAGCAAAGUUGAGCACAAAGACUCACAUGAGAUAGAGACUCAUAAAUCAAAAGACUGUUAGACUUUGUGUUCCCAGGAAGGAACAUAUGCCACAAUCUUUUUAAAAAAUCCAACUGGGCCUUAGUGGACACAACUUCUACUUUGAAAGUAUGGCAGCAACAAGCAUGAAUAGCAUGAGUGUGGCGAAUCAUGCCGGCCCCAUCAAACAGAUGGCUAAACCUGUGACAAGUGGGACAGCAAUGGCUGCCAACCAUGGCCAGACUGUUGAAAACAAGACUAGCACAGGGCCUGGUGAGGACUGGAAGAAAAAGCUGAAGAUCCCUCAAAAAGAUACGAGAAUAAGAACAACAGAUGUCACUGCUACCAAGGGAAACGAGUUUGAAGACUACUGCUUAAAGAGGGAGCUCCUCAUGGGUAUCUUCGAGAUGGGGUGGGAAAAACCGUCCCCAAUUCAGGAAGAGAGCAUCCCAAUCGCACUGCUAGCAAGAGAUGUGUUAGCUCGAGCCAAAAACGGUACUGGGAAGACUGGCGCUUACAUCAUUCCAGUGAUCGAGAGGGUGGAACUAGAUAAGAAUCAUAUCCAAGCUUUGGUACUUGUGCCAACACGUGAACUGGCCCUGCAGACAAGCAGCAUCGCUACUGCACUAGGCAAGCACUUGGGAAUCAGAUGCAUGGUCACCACGGGUGGCACCAGCCUCAGGGAUGACAUUAUGAGGCUAUACGACACUGUGCACAUUGUGAUUGCUACCCCUGGACGCAUCCUCGACCUCAUGAAGAAAGGUGUGGCGAAGAUGGACCACUGCCAAAUGCUCGUUUUAGAUGAGGGUGACAAGUUGCUGUCUCAGGACUUCAAAGGAAUGCUGGACAGUGUCAUCGGUCACCUGCCAAGGGAACGGCAGAUUCUGCUCUUCUCAGCCACAUUCCCACUCUCAGUCAAGGAUUUCAUGAAGCGUCACCUGAACAAACCUUACGAGAUUAACCUGAUGGAAGAGCUGACGCUGAAGGGCAUCACCCAAUAUUACGCUUUCGUUCAAGAGCGCCAGAAGGUCCACUGUCUGAACACCCUGUUCUCCAAGUUACAAAUCAAUCAGUCCAUAAUCUUCUGCAACUCCACCCAACGAGUGGAGCUCUUGGCCAAGAAGAUCACUGAGCUGGGCUACUCCUGCUAUUACAUUCAUGCAAAGAUGAACCAGCAGCAUCGUAACCGUGUGUUCCACGACUUCCGCAAUGGUGCCUGCCGCAAUCUCGUGUGCUCUGAUCUCUUCACUCGAGGUAUUGAUAUCCAGGCUGUGAACGUUGUCAUCAACUUUGACUUCCCCAAGAUGGCGGAAACAUACCUGCACCGCAUCGGCCGGUCAGGCCGGUACGGCCACCUGGGCGUCGCCAUCAACCUCAUCACUUUCGAUGACAGGUACAACCUUCACAAGAUUGAGCGUGAACUGGAUACAGAGAUCAAGCCAAUACCAGGUGACAUUGACAAAAGUCUGUACGUGGCCGAGUACCACUCAGAAACAGGUGAGCUGGAGGAGCAAACCCAGCAACAGAAGUGAGAAUCAAGACUGGCAGAUGCGACCUUUCAGUGUUGAGAGACCAAUCCCUCUUCUUUGGGACUUCUCAGUUGUUGCUUUUUUUUUGUUUGUUCGUUUUCUUUCGUUCUUUUUAUGAGGGAGUUCUAUAAUAUGCGAAGUGCAACUAUUACAUGAAAAAGUGGCAUAUAUUUUAGUGUCAGGCGGUAUUGUGCACACUGACGUCUGGAUGAAACAUGGUUUGUGAUACAUCUUAGAAUUGCCAAGAUACAGGAUGCUAUGAAAGGCAGAGAUGUAUAUCUCACUUCUGCAUGUAACAACUGUUUGCCAAAAGCUUGUACAGACAAUAUGUUUAGAUCAUUUAUGUUGUAAAUUUUGAGAGUCACAAAGUGACUCUGACAUGGCAUUUUGGUGCUUUACAUGGAUGACUUUGCUUCCAGAAUGGUGAUUUAGUAACAACACAGCAAACAGCAAAUGUUCAAUUCUUAGCUUGCAUCCUGGCUUAAUGCAAAGCUUGACUUCUGACAUGCACCUCCAAGGCUGAGAGAACGAGUCCUAUCCCCCUCUAGCAUAUUCUUUCGCUUCACUUCUGACAUGUUUUUGCAGCUGAAGGGAGGAUCCAAGACCUUGGAUGUGCGUGUCAAGCUCCUGAAAACUUUCAAUGCAAGAUAUUUCCAGUUCCUCUGCUAUUCUUCUAUACUUUUAUACUAUUGUGUGCAUGUGCUAAGCUGUGUAUCUCAUUUGGUUACGUUUGUCAUGAAGCUAGCUCCACCAACUCUGCCGAAGCAAAGUCAUCCAGCAGUAUUUUUCUGUCAAUCAGAAUCUUUUUAAGAAACUUUGGAUGGGUGAAACAAACUAUACUGUUAACCUAGAAGAUGAACUCUGUAGUUGAUUUCAGCAAAGUUGAUGCUUUGCAUGGAGAUCAGGCUAUGAUACUAUAGCUUGAUCCACAUGUGGCAAGGCAACAUUAGAUCCACACAGGCAAGGCACAUCCCUACCUUCAGAUGUAGAAGUAGAACUCUAUUUUUGUACAAUACCUUGUAAAUGUCUGUACCCUAUAUACAAGCCUGUCCACGUCUUGGCCUUUGGGCUGAUGAUGCCUCAGAAGAAAUGCCACAGACAAGUUCGCUCGAUUUUGAACAGAUUAAAGCACCAGUGGCUCACGGGUACAGUUGAAAUUUACCUGGAGCCAAGGCAGCCAGAGUGAUACUUUGUCCUUUGGCAAUUUUGAAAAGGAAAGUUGCUUGAACGACGAUUAAAUGAACUUGUGUCAUCAUCCCUCUGGGCAAGAGCAGACAGGCAAGUGUUGUACAUGUGUAUAUAUGCUUGUCCAGGGGCUUCAGUUGGUAAACUGUAGAAUCAAAGUGAUUCUGUGGGACAACCAAGUAUGGUGAGUUGAUGGCAAAUUCUAGUGGUUCAUGUGAACCAUCGUGGGUUGUCUUCAAAGCAGGGAAACUGCUACCCACUUCUCAGCUCUCCGUACAUGACCCUUCAUGUUUGGUCUCUCGCAGAUAGGGAUCGAACACAUAACUACACUGGCUCAUAUAACACAAGGUGGGGAGGUCUUCUGAUGUGCCAUGACAGACUGCUUUGUUGUCUUGCUGCACUUGUAGUAGCUUUGUUGAGCAGCAUCGUGCACACAGAUUUAGUUGACUUAACAGCAUCUUAAGUAUUUGCUAUGGAACUGGAAAUAUCUUGUCUCUCUCUUGGGUAUUCUUGACAGAUAAAUGAGUGUGUAAUGAUGCAAGCCAGUUGAUAUGUACACCUGUCAGAUGUUUACCAUGAGCUCUAUCAAAGUGGUUGACAAUUGUGAAUACCAUACACUCCAUUGUUUCUCUGUCAAGAAUACAGCUCAUGAUUUGUGGUUUACAGUUCUCAUGAUGUAUUGCGUAAAACCAGGUACAUGUAGCAAAAAAAAUGUAAUCUAAAGUUGUAAAAUCAAAGUUGUUGCUGUAAAAGUGAAGUGCAAUGCAAUAGUUUCAACUGUAUCCACAAAUCAAGAGUACUGUAAAAGAAAGCAUGUUUGGUUGUUACCAAUUACAACAACUUUCUCCUGAUGAUCAUCUGUCCCAUGGAGGUCUUGUCGUACAUGGUUGCUUCUGCUCUUUGAAGACAGUUUGGCAACAAAGGAGCAUGUUGUCCAGAUGGUAACAACCAACAUGUGAAUUUGUAGCCCAGCUUUCCAUCAUGGCUGGGCUUGGGUUGGUCAGUGGAGAAACCUACAGCUUUCUGUGGCAGGUUUCUCUGCUGACCUUGUAGUGAAGACUGUCAUCUUACCACACAAUAUUGUGUGGUGAGAUGACUUAAGAUCUGCCACGUGAUCGCUCGAGGAGUAAAGUCAGGUUCAAGCUUCAUUCGUUGGCUGCCAAGUUUGAGGCCACUGUGUACGUUUGCUUACUACUCGGUGACAUUUUGUGUUGGAGGUUUUUUGGACGUCUGUUCAGAAAUGCGAUGGUAAGAGUAAGAAAAAGUGUGAAGGAAAUCUUCAGGUAUCUGAUGAACAGAAGAAUUGGGAGGGAGUUGCACGAUCCCAGCUAAACGUUAUGAAGUUUUUACUCACGAGUUAAGAUUUGAACCAGAAAUGUGCUUGACUGCCACUUGAACAUGACUUUACCAUUUGAAGAUCAGUGAUAGAUCUAUUUUCUGUCCUCAAGCACCGGUUUGGCUCCAGGGAUAUUCCAAUCUUCAUCCAUAUCUUGUUGAUAGGGAGCAGCAGACUGGUGCUUGUUAACAGAUAUUGCAUACACAGUCUGACAGAAGUCAGGCUGUGUGUAUGCACCCCUAAUGGUUACUGCUAUACUUUGUACCUCUGGUAAAUUCAAGCAAUACAUGCUAUAUAGACCUUCAGAUUGUGUUGAAACUCGCAAAGCAGUUUCAAAGACUGCUUUCCUCUUGUGAAUGAUGAUUACAAUGUUGGCUUACUUGAAAUGCUCAUAACAGAACAACUUGUUGCGACUUGUGUUAGACAAAGAGUGUAGCGCCAUUUGUUAUUGUAACAUUUUUUUGCGCAUCAACAAAUACCUUGACCUCGUAAGCCAACAACUACCCUUAUUUCUGCGCAUGUUACUGAUUUUGUAUGUAACUUGUUUAUCAUGCAACAGAUGUGAGUCAAGUACAAAGUGUAGCAGAACUUCUCUGUAGUAGACAGACCAGACAUUCCGUGACUGCCAAAACAUCCUCUCUUCUGAUUUGAAGGCGUAUGUGAAGUGAGUAUGUUUCUGGACACUGAAUGACUUGAUCUGUCUACUUUCUGACAGUGUUAAAGUGAAACCAACUGAAAUGAAGCCACUCACUUACACACCUUAAGGUUUGCUGGUGAAAAAUCAUUGAACUUUAAUAAGGUUGUAAAUGAUCAGCUUCUUUUCAGUCUGAAUUGUGGAACCGAAACAAACAAAAAAAGAGAAAAAUCCCCUUUCCAUUCCUUGUCAAACCCUGUAGUUUCCAUGAGUUGAUUUCAGCAAGUGAUAGAAGUAUUUGUUGGAAACAGUACCUUGUACGACUUUCAGAAGAGGAAAGAAUACUUUUCGUUCACAGGUGAUUGAAUACUGAACUGGUUCCGAACCUGAAUCCAUAUUUCCUUCCAAUAAACUUCCCUUUCCCCAAAA